ACGAAGAGAAACGCCGUGAUUGCUUUUUUGCCGCCGACAAUAUCGACGGUCCAUCUUGUCGACAGUCGCGGGCUAUCCAUCCUUCUGCCUCGGCCUCUACCCUUCUGUUCCCAAUGACACCACUGGCUUCGACAAUAGAAGGUGAUAAGGAGCUUUAAUAUCCCUAGUUUCAGCGGCUGUUUUUGUGCCUGAUUUCAUCUGGUGCUUGAGUUACAAAUUGCGGCGCUUUCUAUUAUCCUACCUCUCACCAUUCUUUCCGGUGCCCGCAUUCUUCUCUUCUCCCGGUCACCACCAUGAACCUAUGCCCGUUUUGUUUUCUUACAUCGAGAUCGAUUAGCGCUUCCUAGACUCUCGUCGCGGUUGGAGCAUGUCUCUGCCGGGACCAAAUGUCCGUAUCAGCCUCGAUUCCCGACACCUCGCUUGGUCUUACCUCCUCCGAAAUUCAAAUCCUCCGACAACAACAGCAGCUCGUACUUCAGGGUGGUCAUACCGGCGGUGGGGUUACCAGAGGCAGAGGGACUGGAAGGACCAGCAACGCUAGUUCGCGCGCUGCCAGUGCGGCCAGCAGUCAUGGUCGAUUGCUGCUUGAUCCGAUGAGUCUCAGAGCGCUUUCGCAUCAAUUGGAUAAUCUACAGGAACAGAUCCGGAACCGUCUCGACUAUUUGGAAGAACAAAUGCAACUCUCCUUACAGAAUAGCACCGAUCGCGCGGGAAAUGUCAUCCACAAUGCAGACGCCGAGAUCGCACGUACCCGUUCAAUUCUUACUUCGAUUGACGACCUUGAAACAGAGUUCGCCAAAAUUGCGAAUAUAAGAGAAAUCGUCAAACAGUACCGCGCAAGAAUUGAAGGACUCGAUCAGCGUCUUGACCAAGCUGCCCGGCGGAAGCGCUGACCUGUUUCACUUUUAAUUUUCUUCCUACACCAUUCAUUUGAGAUGAUCCGGACGAUAUCUUCAGAUGCCCUGGUGGCUUUUUCGUAUCGGUUUUUAUGUACUUCUUUGACUGCCGGAUGGUUAUAUUGGCUUCUUUCACCACCUCUGACCUUCCUUCAACACCAUCACCACACGACAAACCACACCACUAAAAAGCAAAAAGAAAACAUUGAAAAAAAAAAAAAAGAUGAAUGUGCUUAUGCCUCGAUCUGUCCUAUACGGAC